CUAAGCCCCCUGAGAGCAACGUCACUUCUCUUGGCAUAUCAACCGCUGUCCGCUCUGUGCGCCCAGCACUGCACUACAGAGGACGUCAGGAUCGCAUCCAUCCAUCCUCAACGCGACAUGCUUUGCGAACUGACUCUAACAACAAUCCUCACCGAAUCCGUGCGUUUCGGCGAGGAGGCAUUUACAUGUUCAGGCAUACAAGCGGGCUAAAGAGCUUCUCGGCGAAGUAAGAAGGUCAUUCAAAGUGGAGAGAGUGCUCCCGUAUGGUCUGGUCCGUUGUAAAGGAAACAUCGCUGAGAGGCAACAUCUGUAACUUCUGGAUUUACUUGUAAAGGCGUGUUCAUACUGGAAAUCGUGAGAUGUUCUGUGACUAAAUAAACAUGCCUGUAAGAAGAGGUCACGUUGCGCCACAAAACACAUUUCUUGGAAUAAUUAUUCGGAAAUUCGAGGGUCAGAACCGGAAAUUUGUGAUAGCCAAUGCCAGGGUGGAGAACUGUGCAAUCAUAUACUGCAAUGAUGGCUUCUGUGAGAUGACAGGCUUCUCCAGACCAGACAUCAUGCAGAAGCCAUGCACCUGUGACUUCCUCCACGGUGACCUGACAGACAAAGAAGCCAUCAACCAGGUGUCCCAGGCUGUGCUAGGGUCCGAGGAGCGCAAGGUGGAGAUCACCUACUACCGUAAGGAUGGGACUGACUUUCAGUGCAACACUCACAUAAUCCCAGUGAAGAAUGAGGAGGGCGUGGUGAUCAUGUUUAUCUUAAAUUUUGACUAUAUCCUGGAUGAGGGAAGUGACACCUCCACAGAGAAGAUAAGCCCCACAUCCCCUACAAAGUUGGAUCAAAGGAGGAGUAGAUUCGUCCGCUUCCGCCAGGCUGCUUUUAGCCUAAUGAACAUCAACAAGCAAUCUCUUCUGCAAGAGGACCCAGAUGCUGUGAUGGUGGACUUGCCCAAAGAGAAUGAGGUUUCAGUGGCCCUGCAGAACUUCCCCUCACCCACAAAGACCACUGGCAGUCACAUUGAGGCAAAUGACACACAUCCCCCCAUAGGCUCAAGACACCAUUCUUCCAAGGCCAGCAUUGGUCCUGAACCAAUUGACCAUUCAUCCCCAAAGCUCCCCUGGGAGAAGUUGUACCAGGGAGAACCGCCCCAGUCCUCUACCUCCCUGUCAAACACCUUCCCUAGAGGCAGCAUCAACAGCAUGAGGCGAGCCUCAUCCGUCCAUGAAAUUGAGGGCUAUAGCUCCAAUUCUAAAAGCGUAUUCAAGGAUCGCCAAACAAGUGAAGGUCCUUUUAAUCACUUGAAGUCCAGCCUGCUUGGCUCUACCUCUGAUUCUAAUAUCAACAAGUAUAGCACUAUCAAUAAGAUCCCUCUGAUCGCACUCAACUUCUCUGAGGUGACUGAUAAGAAGACUCACUCUCCACCAACGUCUGAGAAAACAAUCAUAGCACCAAAGGUCAAAGACAGAACUCACAAUGUCACAGAGAAAGUCACACAGGUCCUGUCACUUGGAGCUGAUGUGUUGCCAGAGUACAAAUUCCAGACAGCCCGCAUUGACAAGUUCACCAUCCUCCACUACAGCCCUUUCAAAGCUGUGUGGGACUGGCUGAUCCUGCUUCUGGUCAUAUACACAGCAAUCCUGACACCCUACUCUGCUGCUUUUCUUCUCAACGACCAAGAGGAGCAGAAGAGGCGCGAAUGCGGAUAUUCUUGCAGUCCUCUUAAUGUCAUCGACUUAAUCGUGGACAUCAUGUUCAUCAUUGACAUCCUCAUAAACUUCAGGACCACUUAUGUAAACCAGAAUGAGGAGGUGGUCAGCCAUCCAACUAAGAUAGCAAUCCAUUACUUUAAAGGCUGGUUCCUUAUAGACAUGGUAGCAGCAAUCCCCUUUGACCUUCUUAUCUUUGGCUCAGGAUCAGACGAGACUACCACUCUGAUUGGCCUGUUGAAGACAGCUAGGCUCUUGCGACUGGUGCGUGUAGCCAGGAAACUGGACCGCUACUCUGAGUAUGGAGCUGCAGUUCUGAUGUUGCUCAUGUGCAUCUUCGCCCUGAUUGCCCACUGGUUGGCAUGUAUAUGGUACGCCAUUGGCAAUGUGGAGAAGCCCUUCUUGGAGCACAAGAUUGGCUGGCUAGAUAAUCUGGGCGUGUCCAUAGGGAAAAGAUACAACUACAGCGAUCCGAGCUCUGGUCCCUCUAUCAAGGACAAGUAUGUCACAGCACUGUACUUCACCUUCAGCAGUCUGACUAGUGUGGGCUUUGGAAACGUUUCCCCAAACACCAACUCAGAGAAGAUCUUUUCCAUCUGCGUCAUGUUGAUUGGCUCUCUUAUGUAUGCCAGUAUUUUUGGGAAUGUCUCUGCCAUCAUCCAAAGGCUGUACUCGGGUACGGCCCGCUAUCAUGCUCAGAUGUUGCGAGUCAAGGAGUUCAUCCGCUUUCACCAAAUUCCCAACCCGCUGAGGCAAAGGCUGGAGGAGUACUUCCAACACUCGUGGACCUACACUAAUGGCAUUGAUAUGAACACGAGCAGGAGGUGUUAAAAGGUUUUCCUGAGUGCCUGCAGGCAGAUAUCUGUCUUCAUCUCAACAAGAAUCUUCUUCAAAACUGC